AUAAUCAGUUUGAUUGUUUGGAUAGUUUUUACAACGACAACGAAAUUCAACCACCAAUCUCCUUCGCCCUUCUUUGUCCUUUUGCGACCAACGAUCACCGAUCUUCUCUCGCUCUCUCUCCCCUAUGUCUCAUGACCACCAUCCUCCGCAUUGAAGAUUGAAAGCCCAAUCAGAGUUUAGAACAAAACAAAGUAUAACAGAGUUUUCAAACUGUGAACUUUUCUAUCAUUGAAUUGUUAUUGCUUACUGCCUAUAAACACUUCAGCACUCUUUCUAAAGUUCUAUGUGUGGGUGUUGAUUUUUGACCACACAACCAAAUAGGGAACUCAGCUGGAGAGCACCGGCAGAAUAGAUUAAGCGCGAACAACCUGCCACAGAAAGAUAAGAAUACCGUGGUGGUUCUUCCACCUGAGGGCACUUUGACGAUCACGUCAGUAAUCAAAUAUCUCUCAAAGAUAGCUAAAUGUACUUAAACUCACAAAAGGGGACUUACCUUUGACCCUCGAGGGUGCCAUGUUUUUAUAGCCAUUAGUGCCUAACUCCUCUAGAAGUCUUACUUCAUGGGAUUCUGGCACAUAAUGCUUCUCUUGGAUUCCUAGCUAGACAGGGAUAAACUCCCUAAGAGCUUUAUCCUUAUCUAGAUUAGAGCCCUCUUUCGUCUAAGAUUCUUUCCCCCUAUCUAUUUAUCUCGGAUUUUGGUAUCUCCGCAGAUAAUCUCGGUCUAGCUGAGAUCAUCUCGAUAGUUCGACCGAGCCACAUGGCACGUCGGUUGACACUUCAGCAUUAUCUUAGCCAUGUGCUGUCAUUCACAAAAUACGUCCCCACAUCUAUCCCCUAGGUUCUAUUACCUCGGUAACUUGAGGUAAUGGAACCUACAUCGUUUGUCCACGUAGCAUGUCACAGAAAUUCAUUCUUCUUUUCGAUCGAGAUCAUCUCGUCGGCUUCAUAAAUUUAGGAUUUAGUUGUCCAUCCUCCCAAGGAUCAAGAACCAAGAACUUAAUUCUUUAAACAUCUCAACUGAGAUCGUUCCUCCAGCCAAAGUUACAGCCUCAUUAUCUUAAGAAUUUCAAGAGUUCUAACUGUGCAUAAGCUGUCAUGCAGAGUCCGCUCAACUGUUUCCUCCACAUGUCCCUUUUCUUGUUGGUUCGUACGUGACACGCGCUAUUAGGGUGAGUCAUUGCUGCCACACUACCUGGUAGGCACGUCGUCCAAGGCAUUUCCAUUAUGGUUUGUAGCCUUUUCGUAUUUUUGACAAAAACUCUUUCUCUCUCUCUCUCUCUCUGCCUCUUCACUCUUGCAAAAUUGAUUUCUCUCUAUGCUCAAUUUUUCUCUCUCUAAACUUUCCUUCUUGAACCAUCAUUUUUCAAGCUCUCAAGCUCUGUAACUGCUCCGUCCAUUACUUCUAGCAAAGUAUUCAUUGGUCUGUUCCAGUGAUUGUCAUCGCUUGAUUCUGGUGAUCAUUACUUCGGCAUCAUUUCCUCGCCUAUAUUCGGUGAGUUCCUAGUUUCUUUCUCUUUAAUUUCAGUCUUCAUUGUUUUCUCAAUAUGUUCUUUUGCCACAUGUUGUCAUCGCAUCUAUCGCUAUUUUGAAUAUGUUUUCAUAGCUAUUCCUUGAUUUCGGUGAUCAUUUUUAUUCUGCAAAUCAAUAUGUGUUCUUUAAUCUGUUCUAUGUUUUGUUACCGUCCAUUGUCUUGUCUUGUGAUUUUCACACACUUGCACACAUCUAUUCAUUGUCUGUGAAUUCGUAUCUUUCCUCAUUUCUUGACAAUUGCUUUCUUGAUUUUGAAUCGCAUUCCUUUUUUGGUCUUCUUGUUUUGUUUCUCAAAUUCUUGCUUCUUGUUUCUGUAGUUCUAGGUCCUAAAAACCAAACACUUAGGAAAAACUGAAACAAAUUCUCCUAAAUCUUCAAAACCCUAGACCCAGUGCCUGUUUGGGGUUUGGCCGAGGUCUUCAAUCCUAUACCAAGUAUUUUUUCCAAAACCUUGUACCCACUUCAUCAAGCCAACAUCAUGGGAAUGUUUAGGUAGAGGGUAGACACCCCUGCCAAACUAGAGAACUUCAGGUAAGAGUUCUCCAUUCCAACUGACAUUCAGAUCAGGUUGGCUAGAGAGGAGGACUCUAUUAAGCCUGUUAAGGAUUCCAUGCCAUUCCUUGUUAUGGCAUUCAUCGAGUGCGGACUUCAACUUCCCCUAGACAUCCUCUUUAGGGAAAUCCUUCACUACUACAAGCUUAACCCUAUGCAACUAGCCAUCAACUCCUAUAGGGUUAUUAAUGGCAUCAUUGAGUUGGCACACUGAGAGAAGGCUAGGAUAACACUUGCCGACAUCCAAUUCUAUUACACCAUGUGUGACCUUAAGUCUAAAAAAGGCUACAUAUAUUACCUCAAGCCCAGAUCAACUGCCUACAAAAUCAUAGCCGACCUUCCAGAUUCAAACAAGAGUGCCGGAGAUGAUUACUUGAUCGUCUCGACAACUGGGAGUUUGCGCCUGAUGACGAUCUUCAUCUCUUCCCUUUGCGCCAAGCAGUAUUUAAAGAGGGUGAUGGUAAGAACUGAGUCAUCCUAUAGUCAUAUUUCUGCUAAGACUUGCUAGUUCAUUUAUCUGUACUAAUGCCUUCUUUUUGUUUCUCUUUUGCAGUUCUUCCUCAGCCAGCCAAGGACUUCUGUCAAACUUUUUCCCCAGCAAGGAUUUGAAAAGGUUAUUGGGUUUGCCACUUGAGAAGUGCACAGCCCUGCUGCUACUUAAUUACGUACCAACUUACAAGUUCGCUCUACCCGACGUUCCCCCUCGAAGCAAGACUCCUUUCUCUGCAACAACUCCAUCAAUUGUUUUAUUACCAAGGCAAGACCAGGCCUCUUAUUCUGAUCCAUUGGAACUACCAUCCACCUAUGCUCCUCAGUUUAUCCCACUAUCUCAGCACCAACGCCAACGCCGUGCCCUAGGGAACCCGCCAGCCGGUAGAACUAGGAGCCGCCGACGCCGAGAUUUAAAGGCAUCGGCGUACAAUCUAGUAAACCCUUCUACUGCCUUACCAGUAAUACACUUCGGUACCAAGGUCACCGUCGCUAUUACCGCCGACAAAAUAGGUCGUGCGAAGAUUGUUCCCAACGACCUUCUUGCCGACAUCCCUGGUGUGGUCGCAGUCCAAUCCCCUCUCCUUUCCAACCUCAAUCCAAGCCCAAAGUCAAAAGGGUAAAAAGGGCUAAAGCCAAAGCCACUGUCACAGAGGUCGAGUUUGAAGACACUGUGCCGAUCUCGAAGUUGGCUAAGAUCGAGGAAAAAUCAUCAGCCAUCAGGAAGAGGCCCACCGAGGUUGAUCUAUUCGACAAAUCGCAAUCCAAGAAGCCAAGGUCUGAAGAAGCAACACAGCCCGGUGUGUUCCACACCAACAAACCUUGGACGCUGAUGUUUAUGGUCGGAGACCGACCUUUGUUGGCUGGGGACAGUGCCCUAGACGAUGUGUAAAUCGGUGCUGCUAUUUCCACUACUAUCCUUCUGUCGGCCGACAUCAAUUGAAUGGCCGAGCUCACUAAGUAUGAGAACUAUGCCUUGAUGAUGCAACAUUGUGUUCUGGCCAUCCAGCCAGGUUACUCCUUUGCAGUGAAGACCAAGGCAUUCAAAAAAGGGUUGACCGACAAGACGAAUGAGGCAGCCAAGCUCCUUGCUACACUGAACCAGGCCGAAGGUCGCAUCUGAAGCUUACUAGAUCAGAACAAGGCUGCCCAACUGGCAAAAAGCAAUGCCAAGGAUCGUGCUGAGGCCGCUGAAAAUAUCGUCGUGGUUGUUUAGGCCUAGGCAAAAGAGGCAAAUGAAAAGGAGGCCGAGGCCCUGACCAAACUCCGAACAGUGCUCGCUAUAAAAAAGGCCAAGCUCAAAGACUGCUGAUGAAAAGGCUUAUGCAAAAGGGGUAGUUAACGUCCGUGACGCCUACAUGAAGCAGGUCAACCAUGCCUGUAAUAAGGUUUACAUCAUUGGUUGGAUGGCUGCGUUGAAGGAGUUGGCUAUCCCCGACGACUCGCCUCUUACCGACGCUAGCCGACUUGCUCUUCCAUUCCCGUCAACUCCAAGCCAAUCUGAAGAUGAAACUGAGGAAGAAGAAGGAGCCGAAGUCGAUAAGGCUCAGGGUGUAGUUGCCGAGGUUGAGGAUGAAGCUCAAGUUGUUGGGGCUAAGUCCCCAACUCUAAAUGAGCAAGUCCUAGACUUGACUCAGGACGACAAUGACCAGGUUCCCAAGGCCGUUUCUGAAGCUGAAGUCAAAACUGCCGAAAAGAGCUUGGAUCAAACUCUUUUUGAAAUUGAUGCCAAGAAUGUGGUGGAGAAGGAAGCAAUACUGCCAAUUAAGGCCGACAUACCGCCAACAGCCAAGGUUGGGCAGUCCGAGAUCAAUGCCACUACUGCUAGUACUUAGGAUCUUCUCUUACUUUGAACCAUUUU